AUGGCCAUUUUCAUGUUGCUCUUCACCUUUAUUCUUGAUCCCAAUCCAAAAGCAUAUCACAAGGUUGCAGAAGCUUACACAGUGGAUCGAAGACAUGGGAAGAGGCCCCUUCCGUCCAAUGAAUCGGAGGAAAAAAAGGAAGAACCUAUCUUCCCUGUCUACUCAGCUCGGUCCCAACAAGACUUGUCAGCUGUGGUCUCAGCUCUCUCUCAGGUUAUUGGAAACAACAACAAUAAUCCAGGGUCUGUUCCUGGAAACUCAUUAGUCAUACCUCAGUCUGGCACAGCGGAACAAAGCCGAUCUCAAUCCGUUCAAGAUCAAGGGGACCAGAGGAGAAGACACUAUAGAGGAGUAAGGCAGAGACCUUGGGGAAAGUGGGCAGCUGAGAUACGAGAUCCAAAGAAGGCAGCAAGAGUCUGGCUCGGAACUUUCGAAAACGCAGAGGCUGCAGCCCUUGCCUACGAUGAAGCAGCACUUAGAUUCAAAGGAAACAAAGCCAAACUCAAUUUCCCUGAAAGAGUUCAAGGGAGAACCGAGUUGGGUUACCUAACAACUCGUCAAGACUUGCCCAUUGUAGCUGACCGAGUUCCUGAGUCGGUUCUCCCUCCUCCUAUGCCACCUUCUCAAGAUACUUAUCCCAACCUCUUUCGUUAUGCUCAACUUCUUCAUGGAGGAGGCCGUGAAUGGAACUAUGGCAUCUCGGGUUUCUACCCUACCGGGACUUAUGGUUUGCAAUCUGCAUCAUCGACAACUUCAUCAGCGUCUUCAACAACAUCUCAACAACAACAACAAGAGCCUAUUGGAUUGAGGUCACGAUUUGGAAGUUCAUCUAGUGUUGAUUCUCCAAAGAAUUGGGAAGAAUCCGAUGAAGUUCAGUUGUGGGGAGAUAAUGUAAAAGAUGAACAGGCGGAUACAUAAUCUCACUCAUGCCCUUCGUAAGUCCUUUCUCUUUUUUGUUGUGGCUCUAUUUGCAAGUGAAUUUAGAGUUUUCGAGAAGUGUUUGAUUCAAACAGCUGUUUG